GACCUCUCAGCUGUGUGCCUCGUUAGUGCGGAAUAGGAAAAGCCUACAAACAAAAUUCAAGCUGAACGCUGAAAAAAUCCUCGCUAGCGUCACGCAACGUGCAUGCCACAGCAAAACAACAACAACAACCACAACGACAACAACAACUAAAACAAAAAUGUAAAACAAUAACUAGAGAAUCCCCACAACAAGAACAAACUACUUACAACUACAACAAAGAGUCGCUGAGACAAGGGCAGUGGCUGAAACCAUAGCAUACCGACAGGCGCACGUUUACUUAACAUGGUUUGCAUACUGCACGGAUAUUACGAUGCACAGCCUAAAAUGCGUUUUAGCCUCUCACCACCGCCACAGAAAGCCAUUUGCAGCAGCGCUGCCAGCCUAACCUCCCCCACCACCACCAGCAGCAGCAGCAGCACCACCCUAAGCACCACCAGCAACAAAAAUAGAAGCACCACCAACCAGCACAACAUGCUGACACGCAAUGGAGCAGCAGGAGGAGGAGGAGGAGCUGGCUCCACUGCUGCUGCUGUCACCGAUGAGGAUGCUGCGUCGGAUUACAAUCAAUGGCUGCAUGCCAUGAAGCUGGUCGCCCGUCUGCCCGGUGGCACCCCACCCGAAUUCCGGCGCAAGCUGUGGCUCUCGCUGGCGGACAAGUACCUCAAGUCGAAGAACGUGGACUGGGCCAAGCAGCGGGAAAAGUGCUUCUGCGAGGAGUGGCGCGAGGAUGACGAGGAGCUGGGCAUACAAAUCGUUAAGGACCUGCAUCGCACUGGCUCCAAUUUGUGCACUGGCCCCGCGGGAUCCAUCAACCAGGCCAAGCUGAAGCGCAUUCUGCUCGGCUAUGCCCGCUACAAUCCGGAGGUUGGCUACUGCCAGGGUUUCAACAUGCUGGGCGCUCUGAUACUGCAGGUCAUGGACAAGGAGGAGGAGGAGUCCAUGAAGGUCAUGAUCUAUCUGGUUGAGGGUGUGCUGCCGACGGGCUACUUCUACGGCUCGAUGGGCGGCCUCCAGGCGGACAUGGGCGUGUUCCGUGAGCUGAUGCAAACGCGUCUGCCGCGCCUCGCCAAGCACCUGCAGCGCCUGCAGGGACCCGUGGAGAAUGCCUUUGAGCCGCCCUUGACCAAUGUCUUCACCAUGCAGUGGUUCCUCACCAUGUUCUGCACCUGCCUGCCCAUGUCCUGUGUGCUGCGCGUCUGGGAUCUGGUGCUCAUCGAGGGCAGCGAUGUUCUACUCCGCACCGCACUCGUUCUCUGGAGCCUCCUCGAAGAACGCGUGCUCAGUGUCCGUUCAGCCGAUGAGUUCUAUGGCAAAAUGGGUUCCUAUUCGAGUGAGCUGCUUAACGGCCAUUUGAUCGAUUCGAAUGGACUGAUCGAAAGAGUCGUCAAGCUAGGACCCAUUGCAGAUCUCAGGCAGUUGAGGGACAAGCAUCUGUACAACAUUGCCCCACUCCGACACAAGCAGGGAAUGCAACUGUACUACGAUGACGAGGAGACGCAUUCGGAUGAGGAGCGCAUUGCGGUGGCCACCGUCUGGGGCCUGAACUGGGGCCGUCGCGGCUCCGUGGGACCGGCAGCGGGCAGGCAGCCAACGGAGCAGAAGGAUCGCAUGGCCCUGGACAUUUCGUUGCUGAAGAAGCAGUACGACCGAUUGAGGGAGCGCCAGAAGCAGGCACACGUCAUCCUCACCACCGCCUGCUCCACGGCAGCGCGUCAGGGAGCGGCACCCAACACUGCCCUGCCCUCGGUGACGGUUAAUCAGCUGCUCCUCGGCCGCCCGGCCAUCAUCACCAACAAGGGCAAGAGGGUGAGUGCUCCGCUGGGAGCCAUACCACCUGCCAGGAAGCCCUCCCUCCCGGCUGUGCUGCACACCAAACCCUCCGCGGAGAAGACGCUGCGACGCGGGGAGACGCUGCUGUGGCGGGACACGGAUGACACUCGCAGACGCCGCGACAGCCUCACCUGGAAAGAGAUCAAAGCGGAUCGAGCCAUGAUGCGUGAGGGCAGCGUAAAGACGCUGAAGGCGCCGAAGCUCCGCUCGCGAUUGGGCAAGAGCGACAGCUCCUCGUACAGCGAGGACAGCGAUGGCGAGCAGGAGGACGAACGCCCCGGCGGCGGCGGAUCCAGCACGGACACCAGUCUCUGCGACGACGAUGAUCCCAAGUCGACGGAGAAAAGUCCCAAGCAAAAGGCGAGGCUGGCGCGCAAGCUGAAGGAGAAGACGCAGCUGUCGACGGGGUCACGGGAGGCAAGCUUGGAGCGCCAGAGACCCAAGUCCUGGGCACCCAGCUCCCAUGAAAUACCCUUCAUGCUGAUGGGCACCGAGAGUGGGGAUGAGAAGGAGUCGGCAGCCAAAGAGGAGGCGGCAGUUGCAGCGGAAAGUGCCAGCAAGCUGGAGCCACUGCAUCUGCUGGUGGACUUGGAGAUUCCUGGCAUCACCAGCACCAGUCAGCUGUCGCCGAUGCCGGACAUGGCCAGCUAUCUGGGCACGAGCUGCAUCAGUCCGCUUCCAACGCCCCGGCCGGUGUCCAUCGAUCCCUUGGCCGCUGAGGCAGCAGCUGGAGAGGAGCAGGCCGAUGAAUCCACUGCCCGCGUGUUCGAUGUCAGUGACGAUGGCGUUACCAAUCAGUAUUUCGAGCGGGUCAACAGUGCAGAGCGUCCGAACCGCCUCGAGCUGUCCUACUCCCUCAACGAAGAGGAAACGGACGCCCGAGCGGUGUACAUGGAGCAGCGGGCGCAGGUGGAGGGACAGAGCGGUGGGCAGGAGUCGAAGGCAAUGCCCUCGCCUCAGCUGAGGGAGGAGCCUGUGGAUGAUACGGAUGACAAAGUGCCACAGAUACGCGAUGACAACAUUCCCGGCGAAAACAAAGACGACUACAAGGAGGUGUUGAGCAUGACGAUAGAGUCCCACAAGCCGCCGCCUCCGACAGCCGCCAGUCUGAGCAAUGCCAGCCGAAAGCGUAACGAUCCGCGGCGCAAGACGCUGACCAGAUCCUCAACGAUUGAUAUUGAAGAGCGUUUCCAGGCGCUGGAGCAUCGCUUCAGCCAGGAACAGUCCUGUGAUAAGCCCAAGUAUAUUCCCAGCACGGCCGCUUUAGAGGAGCGAUUCGAGACCCUGGAGAAGCAGCUGAGUGCCGAGAAGCAGCGCAAGGAGCUGGAGGAAGAUCCAUUUCCUGGAGUGGCUGAGAAAUCCGAGCGAAUUCCAACAACGGCCGAUCUCGAGAGCCGUUUCAAUGCCUUAACCAAGCAAAUGAGUUCCAGUGAAUCAAGUUCCAAGGCACCCAUCGACCUGGGCGACGCAGAGCAGUCCAGCAGUGGAAGUGGCGCGAAGGAGCAAAAGGACAGCGAAAAGACCAGCAAACUCCACAAAUCAGAGGACGCCCAAUCAGAGGCAAAGGAAACUGCAACAACACCCAAAAGUGAAAGCAGCAAAGGAACGGAAAAGGAUAAGAGUAAGGAGGAGAAGGAAGCAGAACAGCCACGCCUUAGGAAACUGCCCUCGACAGCCGAGCUGGAGGAUCGUUUCAAUGCCCUGGAGCGGAAGAUGAGCGUCCAGAAGAGUAGCCCAGCCAAGACCAAAAAGGAGCCGCCCGAUGAAGAGCCAGACAAGGAGGAACCAAAGACCCGAAAAGAAACAGAGGAGGAGAAACCCAAAGAAAGUCCGGCCUUAAAGGGUGCCGAAGAAAGCGACAAGCAAAGUGAAACUGUUAAGGCUAAGGACAAAACACCCACGAAGACGCCCGAAGAAAAAGAAACGUCUCAGAAAGUGGAAGCCCCUGCCGGAAAGGACAAGCCCGACAAGACAGUGGAAUCAGAGGAGGAGCUGAAAAAGAAACCGGAACCCGAAAAGGUAGAAAACUCACCCACAACGCAGAAGGAAACUCAAGAAGAAUCCGUAAAGACUCCACGCAAGUCGCCACCAUCCACAGAGGAGUUGGAGAAGCGUUUCAAUGCACUGGAGAAGCGACGGAGCACAACCAACCUGGAGACGUCCAAAGAAGCUGAGCCAGCAAAAUCCACAGCCAAAGAUCAAAAGUCGACAGAAGCGCAGACUCGAAAGGAAGCUGAGACUCCGCCAAAGGAAGUCAAGGCGAUGAAAACCUUCGAUGAAAAGCUAAAAGAAGUGAACACUUUGCUGACAAACGAUCCAAUGAAAUCCGAAGAGGAAGUUCGAGCUGAGGAGAAGCGCAAGGGUUUCGAGGAGAGAUGCAAGAGUGCCAGCAAGACAUUGGAAGCCAAGGAAGUGGAUGCAGAACCUCCAACAAAGAACAUUAAGGAAUCUUCUGACCCUAAAGUAGAAAGUAUUCCAGCAAAGAAAACUGAGGAAACCGCACAGAAAGAUCUCGGCAAGCGACGUGCUUCGGAGCCGCCUUCUACAGAGGAUCUGGAGAAGCGCUAUGACACUCUGACACGUCGCAUGAGCAGCAGGAAUCAUUUGUCCACUCAAAGCGAGACGGUGAACCAGGCACUCGAGCGGAUCGAACAGGAAGUCAUCUCAGAGAGCGGAGAGGAACGAGCGGGGGAGAAGAAACAGCCGCCGUCCACAGCGGAUUUGGAGAGCCGCUUUGAGGCGCUGCAUGGCAAGGAGAGCAAGGAGACCAAGGCCAAGCCCAAGUCCCCGCCCAAGCUGGUGGAUGUAGCCAUUGAGGCGCAUAUACCUGAGCCGCCACCACCUCCACCACUGCCACCGGCGGAGCUCAGGAUACUGGCGGCGCCCACACUACACCAGCAGCAGGCACUCAUCGAAGAGCUGCAGAGCAAAAUGCAGGGACAAACACCGGGAGAGGAGAACCUCAAGCCCAGCCAGAUCAAUCCAAAGAGGAAGCAACAGCAGCAGCAGCAGCAGCAGCAGCGACAACGGCAGCUGCAAAUGCAACAGCGACCCACAACGAUGGGCGAUGAGACCUCGGAAGCACCUGCAAACACGGCUUACUACAGAUCGGGAAAUUAUGAACCCUGGCAGCAGCGAACGGUUCGUCGUUUCUCCGAUUUGCCCUCAAGGGCCGAUCUGGAAAACCGACUACAAUUCCUGGAGAAGCAAUUGUACAAGAAAUUCUACAAGCAGCGCUGUGCAAGUGAUUCCGAAGUUGCAUCGAAGUCGAAUGUCCGCGAGUGCAGUGCUGAUGGGCCCAGCACAUCGCGCCAGGCACUGGCCGAAGGCCAGCUGGAGCAGCGUGUCCUGGCGCUGGAGAAGCAGCUGAGCGAGAACAGUCUCAAGUUGCUGGAAGCCAUGCGCGAGAAGUCAGCGGCGGCUGUGGCAGCUGUGGUGCCUGUUGUGGCGCCCCGCAGCGAUGACAGCGGCUCGCCGCGUCGGCUGAGCACGGACACAACCGAUGCCACCACCGGCAAGGAGCUGGUGCGCUACACGCAGAACUUUGGCGAGCUGGAGGAACUGGACUCCCACAAGCCCAUCAACAUCAGCAUCAACAUCAAAAUGAUGGUCAACAAGGACACGGAACGGAAGAGGAGCGAGUCCAAGCCCACCACAGAGGAUCUAGCACGACGCCUCGAGCAGUUGGAGGCGCAGUUGGUGGAGGAGAGAGCCAAGAACGGCACCGUCAUACCAGAGAAUGAAACUCUAGAGGCACCACAGAUGGAAGAUGAAGCCUCCAAAAAGCAGGAGAAGGACUGCCACAACCAGAAUGUCAGAAGCGAUGAGACGGUUAGAUUGGAGGACGCUCCGCCAGAGACCAUUGAGCCGGAGACGGUGAAGGAGACCAAGACCCUGGAAAAUGAGGAGAUAGCCCUGGCCCGUGCCAAAGAGGUAGAAGUCGAUAAAACAGUCAAAGAGGAAGUGGUUGAGCCGAAAGUUGAGGUGCAAGAAGAUAAUCCCAAGCCGGAAGAUGUCAUCAAACCCGAAGUUGCUGAAGAAACCUGCACCAAAGAUAUCAAAACCCUUCCAGCUGAGAAAGAGAAACCAAAAGUCGAAGCAAAACAAUGCUGCUCAGAUGAGGAAACCAUCUCGAAAGAGUCCUCCAAACAGCAGCCAGAAAAGACCCCAACUAGCAACGAUUUCUCCAAGGAAGUGCCAGAGAAGGUGGCAAUCGAUGACAACGAUAAGGGAUUACCUGUGGAUGGGAACAACAAGACGGUGGUGCUGCUCAUGGACAAUGAGCCAAAAACCUCAAGACUCAGACGCCUGACCAGAGCCAACACCGAAGAGCUUGAAGAUCUGUUUCAGGCAUUGGAAAAGCAGCUCAGCGAACGGAACCUAGUCAAGUCCGAGGAUGGUCGCUUGGUACGAGCUGAGAGCAAGCCCUCCACCGAGCAAGUGGAGCAGGCGCAGGCCAUUACCGAUCUGACCAAAGAGAUUCAGGAUUUCGCCAGUGCAGACCCCGAAGAAAAGCUGGAAAAAGAGCCAAAAGCAGACAAGUUAGAGGCAGAGCUAGAUGCGGAGGUGGAAGAGCCAAACGACUAUGACUGGGGACCCAACCCGGUCAAGCAUCACCUGAAACGGAAAACUGUCUACUUACCCUCGACGAAGGAGCUGGUGGCCCGAUUUCGUUCGCUUGAACGUCAAAUAAAGCUGCUCGAGGAUGUGGAAAAGAUCGAUGUGGAGCAGCGGCUGAAGGAAAUCGAGCGCAGGAUCAAGCUGCAGUACUCGCUCUCCCACGAGAAGGACCUCAACAAGUAUCUAGAGCUGUGCGAGGGCAAGGGCCUGGACGAGCUCGAAGUUGAGGAGACGCCAUCCAAGGAGGAGCCACCCGCACCUCCAGCCAACCAACGUUCGCGCAGUCCUGCACGGAAGGUGGCCACCAAGUCGCCGUACACUUCCCCAUCGCGCAAGACAGCCACCAAGUCGCCGUACACUUCUCCAUCGCGCAAGGCCUCCAGCAAGUCCCCGUAUGCCUCGCCCUACACAUCUCCGUACACAUCCCCGUCUCGUCAGCGUCAGAAGACGUCGCCGCAUUCAUCGCCGACGCGAGUCGCAUCCGAAAAGAAGAUGAAGCGAAGUCCCUACACCUCGCCAGUGCGUCGCCAGGCGCAUCCCAAUGAUCUGCCCAUCUCCGAUGAUCUGGAGUACAAGUAUCGAGUGCUCGAUCUGGUGCGUUCCAAGUCGAAGGAGAACCUGGCCAGGCGCAUGAACGAUCCCAAUCGAAAGCCGGCCAUUCAUCCGCUCGAAAUGCUGCUGGAUCCGAGUCCCGAUGGCAGCGAAAUACCCACAACCGGGGAGCUGGAGCAUCGCAUUCGCCUGCUGGACGAGAAGCUCAGGUCGCCUGUCCGCCCCUCCCGACACAAGUCUCGCUCCCGCUCCCCCACCAUCGAGGACAUGAAGCGCAAGAAGAUGCUGGAAGAGCAGCAGCCCCGCACGCCGGUGCACAACCUGGAACGUCUGGUCAGCUCUCCGGGCAGGCCGGAGCCCCCAACGGCCGAGGAGCUGGACGUGCGCAUGCGGGCCCUAGAGGAGGAGCAUAGCUUCGACUUCAAGACACAAAAGGACUACAAGGCCUUUAACCAAAAGCUCAAGGACGUCAUAUCGCCGUCGGUCUCCUUUGAGGAGUUCAAGGCGGCCAAGUCGCGCGAACAGAGUCCUCGCCGUGGGGGUGCCACCACGCCAAAGUCUGCCCUGCGCCGCGAUGACCCCGAUGAUUACUCCACGCACACGCACACAAGCACGCACUAUCGACCCACCAGUCCCAAGGUGAUACGGUUCCGGGACGAGGACGAGGACUACUUUGAGGAGGCGCCGCGCCCAAAGUCACGACAGUCCAGCGAACGAAUGGUGGGCACCACAAAUGAGGUUUUGGCUUGUUUCUCGGAGAAUAUUAAAAUUCUUCAACGUAUUCUUAAGAAGACUCUUGCAGAUCAGCCAUCAAGCAUCCGCAGCUACAGCAGCAGCUCCACAGAGGCUCUAGAUGCUCUGGGCAGUCGCCUCAUGAGGGAAACAUCUCCCAUCACACGCACUGGAACGCACACGGGCGUGCCGCUGAGGACAACAGGUGAGAACAUCAACGAUCGACUCAGUUCCAUCAAGAACACCAUCAAGUCCAUCGACACGCUGUGUGAGGAGAAGCCCUACCAGAAGGAGAAGUGCCAGCGAUACAUCGACUCGCUGUUCUCCGACUCGCUGUAUUUUGCAGCCAAAAAGAGCUCGGCGGAGGAUCUCGCCCACAGUCGCAGCGAGAGUCGGGGCCGGACCAUGCAACGGUCCAGCGAUUAUACGCCGUCUAUAAGGAUAACAUCGGAGCAUCGUUCGCUGGGCUCGGCCGAGUCCCGGCGCUCGUUGAGCCCGCUGGGCAGGGACGUGAGUCCGCUGCAUCAUCGCUCGCAUCGGGACCUCAGCAGGGAUCUGUCGCCGCGCAGGCGGCGCGAGCAGGAGGAGCGGGAGGAGCGCGAGAGCAGUAGGGUAAGACGUGAUAAUAUGUUGCCAAAUUAUUUUGCUGAUAAUCGUAGCGAACUAAGUAGCGGGAGUAGUUUAACAAAGUUUCACAAAGUAGAUAGACAACUAGAAGAGACGUGCGCCAAGUACGCGGACGAUCGACGCUCGGCCUGCAGAACACCGUUGAGCUCACCAUACGAGACCCGAUCCACAGCCACACGGCAAACCACCAACUACAACUACAACUACAACGCCACAACAACAACAACAACAACAACAACGACAGGCACAGGCACAGGCAGCACAGCAACGGUUACCGAUAGCAGUUUCCCCCGGCCCGUGUCACCCUACCGACAGCCCUACGAUCCAUACAGGCGUCCAAAUGCCCCUGCUCCCGCCUACCAGCCAGCCAAGCUGGAUAUCCGCCACACCACGGUGACCUCGACCUUCUAUGAUCGCUUCCUCACGGAGAAACAAAUCGAGAAACAGACCCUCUCCCGCCCGCCCAGCCGUUCCCCGGUGGUGUCGCCCUCGAUCACCGCCAAGAGCUAUAGCGAUCUCUACCAAUCGGUCUCGACCACGAGCAGCACCUCCACUCCCAUAACAACCACCACCACUGGCGUCACCUCAUUCAUGUCCAGCAGCUAUGCAGGCCCCUCCUCAUUCUCCCUGCCCGGCGGCAGCAAUUACUCAUAUCUCAGCACGCACACGGCCGCAGCCGGGAAAUCUCUUUCGCCUGGCGGCAGCAGUUCCUCCGAUCUGCGGCUGCGUAGCACCGACAACUUGCUUGCUUCAACCACAACAUCCGCUUCAGCCAGCACCACGACAUCGAUCUCUUUUGUGCCCUACUGCUUCGCCAGCAGCUUGGGGAGUCGCUUAAGCGAACCCAUUACCAGCACUAGUGCGAGUCAGACCACCACCAGCUCUCUGACCUACUCCACGGGGGUGUACAAUCCCAUGAUGUCGUUCACUUUAAGGGAACCCUUGACCAGCAGCUCCCUGGGCGGGACGGGUACUUCCUCUCUGCUCGGUCAGUAUCAGUUUAAGAGUAGCUUCAGCUCAGGCUACACCCCCAAGACACCAACUGAACAGGACAAGCCAUAGAGAGAGAUACACCACACCAAUUGAUCGUUAACCAAAGGUUGUCAUUAACAAAAAACUCGUAUCACACACACACCUAACCUCACUCCGCAUAUGGACCGUUUACAGAGUCAACUGUGCAGCUGUUCGCACUCAAAAUCAAAACAGAUCAAGCUCAAAAAACAUUUAAAACAUCACAGGAGAAGAACAAGCGUAAGGCAACACCAUAAAGCAAUAUAUACACACACACACACGUACAUAAAUCUACAUAAAUAUAUAUACAAGAUACAAACUAUGAAAUUCCGAUAUUUACUCUUCCACAAAUUGUUAAGGCGAAAACUUUGUGCACCAAACCAUUUUGGCUUCUUGCAACUUACCUCAUCUACACAUUGACAGCACAUCAGGCAAACUUAGCAAACGAUUUUUUAUACAAUCUACUAUAUAUAUAUCUACCUACAUAUACUAUAUAUAUACAAGAAAAGCAAAGAAUAUACCUAUCGGAAAUUAUAACCAAAGUGUGAAGAGGAGGCAAAGAAAUGUUACGAGUAUCUUACUUACAGCAUCUUUUUUCAGCGUUACAACAAGUUUAGCUAAUUCAUUUAAACUUUAAUGAAAUGUUUCUGAAACAACACUCAAUUAAACUUAAACUUAAACCCCAAACUUUUUCUUAAAUAUUGUCUAACAAAUACACUAAUAUACAAAAUACACUAGCCAAUCAAAGAACACAAACAACAAACAAAACAAAGUUAUGCAACGGUGUAAAACUCUAAAAUGCAUUUUUGGGCCGAGUUAGUCGUGGAAACAACAAAAAAAGAAACAACAAAAAACAUUAAUCAAAGAAUGUUAACUGACUGACACGAGCCGUAAUAUUAGUUUACCAAAACAUUGUUAUAUAUAUGUAUAUGUAUACCUAUACCGCGAUUCCGAAUGAUGUAUAUUAUAUAUUGAAUCAUAUAUCGGUUGCAGUUGUUGAAUUCCAGUAAUGAGAAAAACUCCACCUUGAGUCGGAGUCCCAGUAAAACG